AGGAACACUCAAGCAACGGCAAUCGUGCUGCUGGAUCCGAGAAAGUUAGACUGCGACGGGACACGUUCUGGAACCCUCCAUCGCUACCCGAGAGUUGAUUCGACUCGCACCGGAGUUCACGUAAAUUUUUGUCCGCUAUGGAUCGUCUACAAUCACGGACGAGACGGCGCGUCUUGGCACUGAAACGGCUGUGAGCGGAGGGGAGAUCUGAACUUUUUGCAGCCUUUUUUGUUGUUGUUAUUAUUAUUUUUUUGUUUGUUUUGAUUUGUUUUGCAAGUUUAUGAUCACAUGUGAGCGCCACUGGGGACCAAAGUCAUCUUUUCUCUCCCAUGGGGUGACCCACAUAGAUUUCCUGAGACGUGACUGUGGGACAGGCGUUCUCCCUCCUUCCUUCAGGGCCAUGUUCAUGGUCCACACACAUCCUCCAGCAUCAGCUCGCUGAGUGAAUGAAUCCUUGCCGUGAAGGAGCUGUGCUGUGCCAGCAGGUCGCCAUGAGAAGCAGAUACUCCCAGUAUUACAAUCGGACUCUGAUCCCCUAUUACUAUGUGUUCGCCAAGAACAUGACCAUCGAGGACCUGGACAAGCGCUACGAGGCCAAAAAGUUGCUGACAGACCCAAGCAUCAUCAUCGUGGUCCUGUGCACUAUUAUCAUCCUGGAGAACCUGCUGGUUCUCAUCGCCGUGUGUCGCAACAAGAAGUUCCACUCGGCCAUGUUUUUCUUCAUCGGAAACCUGGCCUUCUCCGACCUAUUGGCCGGCUCGGCCUACAUCGCCAACAUUUUCCUCUCGGGCUCACGGACAUUUGACCUGGUGCCCGUGCAGUGGUUCAUUCGUGAGGGAACAGCGUUCAUCGCCCUGGCGGCCUCGGUCUUCAGCCUCCUGGCCAUCGCCAUCGAGCGCUACAUCGCCAUCACCAAGGUCAAAGUCUACGGCUCCACUAAAACGUGCCGCAUGUUCCUGCUCAUCGGAGCCUGCUGGGUGAUGUCCAUCCUGCUGGGCGGGCUCCCCAUCAUCGGGUGGAACUGCAUUGACAAUCUCCCCGAGUGUUCCGCAGUGCUGCCACUCUACUCCAAGAAGUACAUCCUCUUCGUGGUGACCAUUUUCAGCCUUAUCUUGCUCUCUAUCGUCAUCCUCUACGUGAGGAUCUACUUGAUCGUACGCUCAAGCCACCAGGAGGCCACUAACUCCCCCGCCUACGCCCUCUUGAAAACGGUCACUAUCGUGCUCGGGGUCUUUAUAAUGUGCUGGCUCCCCGCUUUCACCAUCCUCCUCCUGGAUUCGUCCAGCACCAUCCAGUCCUGCCCGAUCCUCUCCAAAGCCAACAUCUUCUUCGGCUUCGCCACGCUCAACUCUGCGCUCAACCCGGUCAUCUACACGCUGCGCAGCAAGGACAUGCGGAAGGAGUUCCUGCGCGUACUGUGCUGCUGGGGGGUGCUGCAGAGCGGGCGGCCCGCCGAACGUUGCCUGGUGCCGCUCAAGAGCUCCAGCUCCCUCGAGCACUGCACACACAAACACGAACACCAAACCACGCCCAUUAUGCAGCACUGCACCACAUGCGUGUGAUAGCUGCGGCCAAAAAAUGAGCAGAUGCAAUCGAGUGAACUUGCAAUCAAAUGACGCUCGUGUCAGGGUGUGAGACCACUUUUUCAUUCAUUCACUGCCAUUGACAGCGAUAGACAUCAAACCCAUUUGAAAUGGGAAGGUUAGCAUUGAAGUAUCAUCUUUCAACGCCGUUGAUGGCGAUAGACGUCCAAUCUAUUUGGACUGGGAGAGGGGAGCCCCUCCCAGUCCAAAUGGCUUGGAUGUCAAUUGCCAUCAAUAGCUGCUAAAAAAAAACAUUCAUGAAAUAACCUUCAAGCCGUUUGAACAGUUAGAGGGUUGUUAUUUUGUUUACCUAGUUUCAUUGUUUAAAACCAAAUUACUUGCAAAAAGUUGUAAUAUUACGAGAAUAAAGCAGUAGUAUUAGAAAAAAAAAGUUAUUACUACUACUACUACUGUUUUAUUAUUAUUAAUAUGCGGAUAAAAAAAAGUCGUAACAUAAAUUCAGAAUAUUAGGUAACUCUACAUAAUAUGUUUAGAUAUAGCACGGCUAAAUCAUAAUAUUACGACUUGACAUAACACUUUGAGAUGUAGCACUGGACCGCCUCCGUUGAAAAAUAGGCCUACGAGAUUAAAGCCAUAAUAUUACUUGGGGGGUGGGGGGGUGUAAUUCACGAGGAAAGUCAUAAUAUUACUAGACUAAAAUUGUAAUAUGAGAAAUAAAGUUGUAAUAUUACAGGAAAAAAAGUCAUAAUAUUACUAGAUAUGGGACUACAUAUGUAUAUGUACAUACUAUAUGUUAAAUUUAUCGAUGCAGCAUGGAUAGAUAUUCAUAUCAUGACAUUACAAAACCAUAUAUUUCACUACCAGUUGACCACAGGGCUCGGGGCCGAUCCGUAGGGGGCCUAUUUUCAAUAACUUCAAAUUCAAAUAUUUUCAAACCCAAAGCCGCUAGCGACCUAAAACCAAAACAGGCACCUCCCUUAGGCAUAUAUGUGUCUCCUUAAGCAGAGACAUAAAAAAAAUUCAACGUCGUUCCCUAAUGAAAUGCCGGUUCAUUAUUUUUUAUACAAGUAUAAAAAAAAAAAUUAAAUGGCUAUAAAAAUCUCAAAUUCUACGCGAGAUGUUCAAAAAUAACGAAAUGCAGCAAUAAUCACCUAUAUUUUCAGGAUCAAUGGCAAUAUUCAACAUAUAAGGUUUUGCCCAAAAUAGUAACCUAAUUUUUUUUUUUUUUAUUUAGUGCAAGUUUUCAACAGCUAAUAAAUCACUCUUUUCACAUCAGAAACUUAAUACUUGAGGAAAUCAUGCAGAAUCAUCACAAUUUUACUCAACAAAAGCAAAAUUAGAAUUUUUCUAUUUACAAUCACAACUUAUUUAGGUUGAAUUCCGAUGUUAAUAUUGCCUCAGCACGGAGGCAUGCCUUGCCAGCUAUCUGGACCUCGUCCUUUUUAGAUUUAAAUGUUACAUAAAAUAAAACAUUAAAAAAAAAAAAUUGUAUGGACGCAGAAAUGUCUGAAUUACUACUUUUUUGCCCAAAAAACGGGCAGUUGGCCGAAAAUUACCUGAUUAUUUGAAUGUAAACUUACGCUACUGUGUAUGGACACAACUUGACGGCCAUCACAAAACCAUGAGCUUUUUAAGUUCAAAAUUCUUGUAAAUAAAUGCGUACAUCACCGUAAUUUUUAUAGCUAUGAACAUAGAACAGUCUAGAUUCUUGGUUAAAAAUUAGACAGUUAUCAUUCAUUUUACAUAAAUACUUCAAGCUAAAAUUAAGCUAUUGUGUAAUCCAAUGUGGCAGCCGUCACAAAAGAAAGAGCUUUUUAAGUUGAAAGUGCUUGCAUGGGGCUCUUUUAAUAAUAGUUACCUUGAAUCCUCGACCAAAUCACUCUUGAGACAAUCCUGCCUGCUUGCAUGGAGUAAAACAUUUGUCCUGUUUCCACCUAAAUCUUGCGUUUGAACGCAGUGAGUGUUUGAGUUUAUCACAGUGAAAGCCAACCCAGCUCUGUCUGGGUCGGCCUCCAACGGGAAGGCGUGGCACAAUGUUUGUGGGAGCUGUUUUGUCAACUGAUAGUGAAGUCUAUGACAAAACUUUAAGUACCAUAUUUUCUGCACUGCAAGGCCAAAAACGGCCUGCUAAAAGCCUUCAAUUUUCUCAAGAGCAGAUAGUGCGCCUUAUAAUCAGAUGCGCCUUAUAUAUGGAUCAAUAUUAGCCAAUCAUGGCAUGACAUUCCCACCACCAUCUAGUGGCUGUAUAACGCAACCCCAACCACUGCUACUACUACUGCACCUUAUAUUGUGGUGUGUCCGAUAUACUGUAUAUGAUAACAGUUUUAAAAUAGGCUAUUCAUUGAAGGUGCGCCUUAUUCUCCGAUGCGCCUUAUAGUGCGGUAAUGCAGUACUUUACAUAAUAUUAUGAGACGGAGCACUGCGCCGCUUCUUUUAAAAUGAACAAUACUGAGCAUCUCAUGACGCUGAAUUUUAGAAUGGGUAAUAUGACGAUUUAGUGGUGCUGCAUCAUACAGAUUAUGUACAGGACAUAAGGUUUUGUAAUAUUAACCACUUAAUUCUCAUAAUACAGUGUAUCACAAAAGUGAGUACACCCCUCGCAUUUCUGCAGAUAUUUAGGUAUAUCUUUUCAUGGGACAACAUUGACAAAAUGACACUUCAACAUAAUGAAAAGUAGUCUGUUUAUUUUCCCCUCAAAAUAACUCAAA